GGCACGCCCACCAUUUCACGUAAAUUCAGGAGUUGUGUGCUGCAUUAAACGCCGAGUUGAUCGAUUUUCCUCAAAAAGUUUAAAUAAAGAUGGCAGAGGUUGCUCAUAUGAUUGACACCGAGGUCUUCCUGGUUUUCUCUACCUAUGCAACCAUAGUCAUCCUUAAAAUGAUGCUGAUGGGCCCCUUCAUUUCUUAUUUGCGCUUGACAAAAAAGGUCUUUGCAAACCUAGAGGACACCAACUUGGUCAAAACCACUGAAGACAGGAGGAAGUGGGUCAGUCCAGAUGUUGAACGGGUGCGGAGAUGCCAUCAGAAUGACCUGGAGAACAUCAUUCCCUUUGUGGUAAUCGGCCUUCUGUACGCUCUCACAGGUCCGGAUCUCUCCACGGCUCUGUUGCACUUCAGGGUGUUUGUGGGUUCACGGUUUAUUCACAUGGUGGCUUACCUAGUUGCUCUUCCCCAGCCUAGCAGAGGUCUGGCCUGGAUUGUGGGAUUGUUCACAACCUUCUCCAUGGCCUACAGGGUCAUCACUACUGCACUUUUCCUUUGAUGGCUAGCACUUGGAAAAUUUUAGUUUUAGGUGUUAUGCUUUGUGUAAAAGUAAAGCAGGUUUAGACUAAAACAUGACAAUGAGCUUUAUAUUUUGAGGAGCCUGCAUAUGUGCAAUUUACAUAUUUGUUGUAGUUUGUGGUACUACACUCCUUUAUAUGUACAGUAAAACUGAAAUACAGUUAUUUACUGCUGUAUAAUCUGAUAAACUGCACAAUUUUGACCAGUGCUGUAUAUAAUUAAUAUGUUUCUUAUGAACCAUUAUAAGAGCAACAGAAUUUGUCUAUCUCUAAAAUUGGGCCUAAGUGAGAGACAAACAAAAGAUGAAUGUAACAUCUUUAUGCUUCAAGUAACAUUAGUUUAGAAGUCUUACGGAGGAAAAUGAGAGUUGUAAUGUGACCUCCUGUUAUGCUGUUGUAAUUGCAAAUUAACGUAGUAUAUUGAUGGUCAUUGUAAACAGGUUUUAAAAAAGUUUGAAUAAACUUUCUAAAGGUU